AAUUAAACCAAUUUCACACACGAGUAGGGGAAAAAGGCUUUCGGCAUAGAAAACCCCUUAUUACAUCUACAUUGGCACAAUUACUCAAUGAGAAAUACGAGCAAUGAGUGCUUCGCGAGUAGCAAAUCCAUCAAUGCCAUCAAGAUUUUCCACGUUUCCUGAUAAUUAUUCUCCAUCUUCGUUUCGGUCUCAAAAUUCGGUCUUUACUAUAUGUACAACUGACAGUUGCAUCAUUCGUAUGUUUGUGCUUCGCAACAGUGAUGCCGCGUUGUGUGGAACGUUUGGGAUUGGACUUGAACGAGGAAAGACUGAGGUACGCGCGAUGGCUGACGAAAUCAAAGAAAGACAAUUGGACCGAGUAAAAGAAGAAGUGGUUGUGCGAAAACUAAAAACCAUAAAAGUCGACGAUAUCAAGGAUUUCACGAAUUCUUGGGAUAUAGUAACAGAGUUGAAAAAUAUAAACAACGAUUUUGCGGAUAUCAGUUACGUAUAUGGCUGGGUACCUACCACAAAAGAUGCGAUUCUUUUUGAUUUUUGUGUCAUCUUUGGUGAUCAGCUUUCAAUGUGGCCACACUUGCAAAGAUGGUUCAACCAUAUCAAAAGCUUUAGCCAAGUUGAACGCUUAGCCUUUCCUGAUCCGAAAGGACCUGCCACUUUGUUGGCAAACAGGGUUGAUUCCAUAAACAACCUUUGUCUUUCUGAUCAUAGUAAGAUAAACCGAAAGAUAGCAGAGGAGAUUGAGAAAUUGUCGGAGGUGAAAAUUGAAUCCGAGGCAGAAAAGAAUGCUGCACCGUCAAAGGUUAUUCUGAAAACGCCGAAAGGUACAAGGGAUUACGGUCCUGAACAGAUGACGCUACGGCUUGGAGUAUUGGAUAAAAUAAUAACAGUAUUUAAAAGACACGGCGCGGAGACUGUAGAUACACCUGUCUUUGAAUUAAAGGAAAUUUUAACAGGAAAAUAUGGAGAAGAUUCGAAACUAAUUUAUGACUUAAAGGACCAAGGUGGAGAAAUCUUGUCCCUCAGAUACGAUUUGACUGUACCUUUUGCUAGGUAUUUGGCUAUGAAUAAAAUUUCUUCCAUCAAGAGAUAUCACAUAGCAAAAGUUUAUCGACGGGACAAUCCGGCCACGACAAAGGGUAGAUACAGAGAAUUCUAUCAGUGCGAUUUCGACAUAGCCGGCCAAUACGAUCCGAUGAUACCUGACGCCGAAUGCAUUCGUAUUGUAUCUGAAGCGCUACAGUCGUUGAAUAUAGGACCUUAUGCGAUCAAAUUGAACCAUAGAUCGUUACUGGACGGUAUAUUUUCUGCGUGUGGUGUUUCGAACGAUAAGUUUCGUGGUGUCUGUUCCGCGAUCGAUAAACUCGACAAAACUCCAUGGCUAGAAGUGAGGAAGGAAUUAGUGGAAGAAAAAGGGUUGGACGAAUCGAUUGCUGAAAGAAUUGGAACGUACGUAUCGCGGUCCGGUGGAGUGGAACUUAUCGAUGAACUGAAAAACGACACGGCUCUGAUGAAACACGAAUCCGCGGUGAAAGGCUUGGAAUCUAUGGAACUGUUGUUCAAGUAUUGCAACAUUUUCCAAGUACAGGACAAAGUAAGAUUUGAUCUCAGUCUCGCCAGAGGGCUCGAUUAUUAUACGGGUGUAAUAUUCGAAGCAAUAUUGACCGGUGGCGACGGCGUUGGCGUUGGUAGCGUUGCAGGCGGUGGACGUUACGACAAUUUGGUGGGGAUGUUUGACAUUAAGAAAAGGUCGGUUCCGUGUGUUGGUCUAUCGUUAGGCGUGGAACGCAUCUUCAGCGUCCUGGAAGCAAAGUUGAAUCGCGAUGGUUUAAAGACACGUACUACAGAAGUCCAAGUGUUUGUGGCAAGUGCGCAAAAGAAUCUACACGAGGAAAGGAUGCGAAUUUUAUCUACCUUUUGGGAUGCUGGAUUCAAGGUUGAGCAUUCGUACAAAAAGAAUCCAAAAUUAUUGGGGCAGUUACAGCACUGCGAAGAGAACGAUAUACCGUUAGCUGUAAUAAUCGGUGAAGGAGAAUUGGCAAGGGGUGAAGUUACUUUGAGAGAUGUUGCGUCUCGCAGAGAGGUUUCAGUUUCUCGAACAAAUUUAAUCGAAGAGAUAAGAAAAAGGCUAGAAAGCGUAUAGACGCGUCUUUGUAAUUUAAAUGAUUUUUUUAAUUUAUUAUAUAGAAUAGCUGAAAAUAAAAAUUGCAUUCUUUCGCAUCUUUAAUAAAAA